GAAAUUAUUAGAAAUUCAACUAAUUGCAAGCUUUUGCUAAUGUAUUUUCAACUGGGAUAUUAUUCAAAAUUUAAAUUCAAUAAGCAAUGCUGUUCAAUUCACAGCCACACACACACGAAUGGCCAAAGUGGCCAAUGGCCAGGCAUCAGUCAUCUUCGACAAUCGGAAAGCGAAGCAAACCGACCCAUUCUCUUAGUCUUUGUUAAAACCACAAACAGCAAAAUCCAAAAAGAAUAACCCAUCUUUAAGCAAACAGAAAAAACCCAGCAUAAUAAAUCAUCAAACAGUAUGGGAACUGUUAUAGACUCCCAUUUCUUAGCUCUAACUGCCGUUGUAACUGUGGGAUAUCAGCUUUUUUUCUUUAUAAUCACUGCUCUUCUAAAGUUUGAUAAAGUCACUGACUUUGCAGGAAGCACGAAUUUCAUUAUAAUUGCUGUGUUGACUCUGGUAAUUAAAGGGUCAUGGCAUUUUCGACAGGUAGUCUUAACUUUGCUUGUAGUAAUAUGGGGCCUACGCUUGGCACUAUUUCUCUUGAUGAGAAUUUUGCAAUGGGGGGAGGAUCGACGUUUUGAUGAGAUGCGCAGUAAUUUGGGGAAACUAGCAGUUUUCUGGAUAUUUCAGGCUUUCUGGGUGUGGACUGUGAGUUUGCCUGUAACAGUGGUUAAUGCGAGUGACAGAGAUCCAUCCAUUCAGGCUGAAGACAUUAUAGGGUGGAUUAUGUGGGCAGUGGGUAUCUCUAUUGAAGCUACAGCUGAUCAGCAAAAGCUUUCUUUCAAGAAUUCUCCAGAAAACAGAGGAAAGUGGUGCAACAUUGGAUUAUGGAAAUACUCUCGCCAUCCAAACUAUUUUGGUGAGAUUUUCCUAUGGUGGGGAAUUUUUGUGGCAUCUGCAGCCAUACUUGAAGGUUCUGAAUGGCUUGUAAUUCUUGGGCCAAUCUUUCUGACAUUGCUACUUCUUUUUGUUAGUGGCCUACCAUUGCUCGAGGAGUCAGCAGACAAGAAGUUUGGUGAUGUGGCUGCAUAUAGGAUUUACAAGAAAACAACUAGCCCUCUUAUUCCACUGCCACAAGCUGUAUAUGGGAACCUGCCGUUAUGGUUCAAGGCCACUUUUCUCUUCGAAUUUCCUUUCUACAGUCGUAAUUUUCCACAAGAAGGGCCCAACUGGUGCUUGAUAUUUAAUCGCCUUCAUAAGGUGGAAAUGACAUCUGAUUGAUCUCCCAACAACCCUACUUCCUCCAGGAAGGGAAAUGGGGGCCAAUUUAUUUAUUUAUUUGAAUUUUAAAUUUAUGAGAGGUAAAUGUUUUAAGAAAGACAGCAUAUAUUGAAUUAAGCUUCAAAUUUAUAUUUUGGACUUCAUUGUUUGAUUGCUUGUGAUGGUCUUUCGUCAACUAUGGUUAUUGUGUAUAAUCAAUGUUUUCUACCUUGUCAGGGGGAAUUCGAUUAAAUAAAUUGCUGUUAAACUGCACAAAUUAGACCUCUUAAAAGCUGAGGUCAAGAAAUGACAAAAACAAAAACAUAAAAUCAAAUGUUAUACACCCGCAGUUUUGUU